AUGCCGGUGCAAACGCGCAGCAGCACCCGCAAAACCCACCUCUCCGCCCCCCACGCCGCCGCCCUGCCUCGUUCUCCAACCCACCACACUCCACCUCCUCCCCGGAACACUCCACCUCGAGCUCGCAAACCCCCACGCCCACGCACCCGUCCACCCUCCUCCUCCUCCUCCUCCCCGACCUCCACCCUCCAACACCACCUCCACACCACCCUCACCCACACCACCUCCCUCCGCCACACCCUCGCCUCCCUAACCGCGCGCCUCACCUCCGCCGAGCACAACCUCGCCCUCACAAAACAACACCUGCGCGACGCCACCACGCAAGCCCGCGAGUCCAAACGCAUCAUCUGCCGCUACCUCGAGCUGAGCAUGGCCGACAUUCCGCCGUGCAAGAGCCUGGCGCUGCCCAUGGACGUGUACGCGGACGAGAGUUGUGGCAGGUUGGCGGAUGCGGUGCGCGAGGGGGAGGAGAGCGUGAGGGAGAUGAGAGGGUUGGUGGAGGGGGUGAAGAGGAAGGUGGUGGAGGGGGGGAGGGAGGUUGGGCGGUUGAGGAGGAUGGUUAGGAUGGAGAAGGGGAAGGGGGAUAGGAAGAGGGUGGGGGAGGGGAGAGGGAAGACCGGGGGAAAGGCAAAAGGAGGGGGGAGGGGGAAGACUGGGGCAAAGGGGAGGAAGCGUGGGGCUUGA